AUGGAAACCAAUCCAUCGAAGUCCAGCGUCCUCAUAUAUGUUCUAGUUCUUGCACUGGUCUUGUCUCCAAUACUCCCAUGUCAAGCAGCUAGUGUGCAUCUAGGAGGUGGAGGGCGUAAGUUGAUGGCACCAUCACCACCACUUCUCAUGUGUCCACACUGUGAGUGUUGCGCACCGGCUGCACCUGGCUUCUGCUGCCCAUGUAGCUGUCCCGGUGGUCCCUAAUGAUUGCGACUUCGCUAUCAGAGGGGAUAAUGUGAAGUGGUUGAUAUCAUUGUAAUAGUUGAAUGUAUGAAUAAGUCAACACGAUCUUUAGUCUGUGUUUCUAAUAAGAAAACUUGUGGCUUCUACUGGUGAGUGUUAAAAGUAUAUAAGUUUGUAAUAUUUAUAUAUGUAUUAAUAAGGAAGUAAAUAGUAAUCAAGCACUCUUUAUGUUUUUAAUAAGAAAACUUUUGGGUUC